AUGCCCCGACGAGCUCCAGACGGCCCCGAGAGCGCUCCGUCGACAUGGAUGAAACUGAUCUCCGCGACGUUUCUGGGCGACGCAGCAGCGCACGCCACUGCUCGAAGCGCUUCCGGUACUGCAACAACCGACCGCGCCGACGUGGCCAAUGCGGAAGACGCGCUCCGCCAAUGGGCCGCACGUCGGGCCGACCACCGACUGAACCCAUUGCCUGAGCUCAAAAUCGCACUCGUUGGCGGACCAGCAGUGGGCAAGACGAGUCUCGUGCGGCGCUGGCUCCAGCGCUCGUACUCGACCACGUACUCGCCCACGAUUGGCGUCGACGUGAGCACAAUGGGGUACACGCACUGCAAACAAGAGCUGCUGCUGCAUGUGUGGGACGUCUCGAGCGCAGAAGUGGACGCCAGUGCGUCGUCGCUGCACUCGCUGCUGUGUGAGGAUCUCGACGGCAUUUUCUUCGUGUUCAACGUGCACCGCGUGAGUUCAAUUGCAGCGAUUGACAAGUGGCGCCACUGUCUGUCCAAGUACUUGUCCCCGAAGGAGACGCCGUGCUUUUUGCUCUCGCACAAGGCCGACCUGUUGCAGAAACGCGUUAUGACCAGUGACGACAUUGCAACGUAUGCGAAGGCGGCAGGAUACAAGUGCUGGAUGUGGACAGUAGGCAAGUCAACGUUUGGUGAGAACGAAAAGCGUCCGGCUGUAGAGGAAGCGCUUGAGCGCAUGGUAGAGUUCAUUUGCCGAGAUCGCAUUGCGAGGGAGCAUGUUCGACUCGCGCGUUUGGAAAAGCCACGGGGUAUUCUCGAGACAUGCAGCACCCCGGCACGUCUGGAAGUCAUCCGCACUGACAGCGCGUUGCACCAUUUUCCGUCCUCUUUGCUGCGGAUCCCUACAAAAGCGAUUACGACGUUACCGCGUGAUGAAAACGUGCGUACAAGUGACGAACAAUUCGCUCAUCAUGGCGGAGAACAGAAGUCCGCCGUCGUGCCAGCGGUAAAUGGUCCAUUGGGCUCGACCGACCGUCCCCUCACUUACGGUGGCAGCUGGAUAAUGGGUUGCGACAAAGGCGUCUACUUACGUGCGACAACAAGCAGUCUCCUGUGCAAUAACGAGACUGAUGACGACUCAGAGUCCAUUGACGAGUUCCAGUUUCCGUUUUCUGGUCUGCGAGAGAUGAACGAAGAGGAAGAUGCUGCGGCUGCCGCCGAGUCUCAUCGGCGAGAAAAAGAAGAAGAGGCUCUCCAGCGACAGAUAGAAGAAGAGAGAGCUGAGAGAGAUCGACGCAACGAGCAGGAGGCGUGGAGCUUUUUUGCUGGUAGCAUCAGCCGGGGUCGUGCCGAAGCUCUUCUUGAGAACCGCGAGCGAGGCACGUUUCUGCUUCGCCGUAAGGAUGCUCGGACGCUGGUUUUGUCAUACGUAGGACCGGAUCAUGUGCAUCACGUGCUGAUCGAGUUCUCGAACCAGAGAUAUCACAUUGGCUCAUCGAAAGCAUCGCUAGCGACCUCAUGCAGCACGCUUUGGAAGUGCAUACGAAGUGUGCGGCGGUACGCAUAUCGAGGGCUCGUUUUUACUCGUAGCGCGCGUUUCAGUGUGUUUAACAAGAAUGAGCUGCUGCCGGAAGACAAGAGUGCUCUACCUGGGAGCACCACUGACACUGCUGUACCUAUCGUGGAACCAAUGCCACCAAGUGUAUGGCACACUCGAACGCAAAGUGGAUCAAGCAGCAGUUUGGGUGAGCGUAGCAAUAGCAGCAACAGUCACCAGACGUCUCCUAUCGCAGCACUUUGGCAAACACGCCAUACACCGAGUCUGCAAGCCGAUCAGGAGCAAGUAGUGAUUCCGCCACAGACAUGUAUCGACGAGCUGAGUGGCGAAUUCUACGACCACUUGGCUGAGCGACUGGCGUAUUUGGCGGAGCAGCAGAGGGCGGAAACCAUUGAAAGAGGCGAGGCAACCACAAGUGGCGACGACUGCAGCAGUCUAUCCGAGGAAAUUGGUCCACUUUUGGCAAUGGUGGAGCAGGAAAAGAGUGAGCUGCGUCAAGUGCCUAGUUGCAAUGCCGAGAACCAAUGGCACACACUUGUCAGGACGAUGGAGGCCUGGAACCGCAUUGUUACGAACCUGGAACUUACCGCGCUGGAAGUAGCCUGA